AUGUGGAGGAGACGGGUGAGGGAGCUCUUCACAGCCCCGUCCCCCGCCGCCCCAACCGCUGCCCUGCGACAGCCUCCUUCCCUGCAAAGAGGAUUAAGGCCGCACGGCGGCGAAGCAGUGCUGCAGACCUUUGCGGCAGAUCUCCUCCGCCGCCUCCAACUUCCCUGCGUGGCAGAACCGCCGACUGUCGCCGGAACUGGCCGCCGAUUGAGCUCUUCAUGGCGUCUCUAUUCUGCCGCGGUAUCGCCGGACGACGGCGGCGGCGCCUCCGCCGCGUCGGCGGGGUGCUGGAACUGCGGCGCCGCACCGCCAUCCUCCUCCUCGGAGGCGUUCCUGGUCUGUGCAGCCUGUGGCAGCGUCCAGCCGGUGGACUCCUCUGUCGACUUCUUCAAGAUCUUCGGGCUGUGAGUAUCAUCAUCAUCAUCAUCAUCAUCAUCAUCAUCAUCAUCAUCAUCAUCAUCAUCAUCAUCAUCAUCAUCAUAAUCAAACGCAGAAGAAGAGACCCCCGAGAUUCUAUCUGUUUCCCUCAGUCGGAAACUCGAGACCCUCUCUCCCUGCCGCAUUUCCGCGAUGAGAACUCUAGGAAUGCGGAACCAUGGAGAAUUUCCUGAAACGGGUCGAGCCGAGAGGUUCCGCAGUCUCAGUGUCGGACUCUUCCUGCCGCGUUUCUUCGACUGAUCGUUCGUUUUCUGUUAGGGAAAAGGAGUAUGAACUGAGAGGCGAUGAUCUGGAGGGCAAGUACAAGAACUGGCAGAAGAAACUGCACCCUGAUCUUGUCCACACAAAAUCUGAGGUUCGAACGAGCAUAAACACCUUCGGAGGGGCUCAAGAUUUUUCUCUCCAUAUCAUCUUUUUCUGAUCUUUCUUCUUCUUCCCGAUCCAUCCCAGAGAGAAAGAUCUUAUGCUGCUGAUCAGUCGGCUCGGGUAAUCGACGCAUUCAAGACUCUCAGCGCACCUCUGUCAAGGGCAAUAUACAUGGUACAGCUUCUUCUUGCGCCUUCGAUCUUGUGAUUCGCCAAGCUUGUUUUCUUUUCUUUUUUCGAUGAACUUUAGUAGUGCCUGUGAAAUCUUGAGUGCAUUAAGUCUGUCAAAUUAACAGAGAAUAAAGGGAGAGAAGAGGAAGAUGAAACAGUUUCGACGACCAGAUGUCAUGGUUUUCCGUAACACAGAAAUCAGCAGAUGUGUUGGUGAUUCCGUCUAUUAAUUUCUUCAGCCCCGGGGCAACUAAUGUCAGAGCUGGGCCUGUCAAAAUAACUAUGUUUUAUUAUUAUUAUUAUUAUUAUUAUUAUUAUUAGUAUGAUAAAUUGGUAGAGUGGUAGGAAAAAAAAAAAUGUGGGUAAUUUUCCGCCACAGAUGGAAAUGAAGCAAUGACCUCUCUCCAUGAGAUCCAGAUCUACGGACGAGGACGGCUGAAAAUCGUAUUAUUUUUUCUAACUUGGGAAAGUGAUGGGAUUUUUUAUGAGGAAUUUGCCACGACAGAUGGAUACGAGUAGAGUGAUGGUCCUCAAAAUUUAUGGAUUCCUUUCUACAUGAGAUCCAAAUCCAUGAAUGAGGAUAGUAAAAAGCACUUCGACACGACUGAAAGGAAUGAAUUGACGAGCCACUUACAGAACUCGCCCACCCUUGUUGCCCUUGUUCCUCCAUUAGCAAAUAGCUUCCUAAGCUCCGGCCUAAUGAGCUUGCCUUCUGGGCAUGUUGCAGUUGCAGCUCGAGGGCUUGCAUGUGGAUGAAGAGGGGACUGUUUCAGACCCAGACUUGCUCGCUGAGGUAGUCUGGACUCUCUAACCCAUCUUUCUUCUUCAUGAACACUUGAGGCCAAGAUUGUCUAUUCUUCACAAAGAAUCAGGUUUUUUUUUUUUUUUUUUUUUUUUGUUCAACUGACAUGAAACAUUUACUUCAUGGCAGGCUUUAUUCAUUAAGUCUGUAACUCUGGGCUGCAUUAUUAUUGCGUGUAGGUCAUGGAACUCAGGGAGGCUGUUGAGGAAGCUAAAGACUCACAGACAUUAGAACAGAUAAAAUCCUCGGUGUGUGCACGUGUCGGUUUUAUUCGGAUUUCUUCGCGGAAAUGUGGGCCACGACGGCUGUUGACCUAGCCAUCUUCCUUGUUUCUAUUUCUGUAGUGCCAGGAGAAACUGGAGCUUUGGUCCAGGUCAUUUGAAGGAGCAUGCAAGGGUCGGAGGUUCAAAGAUGCCACGGCUUCGAUCCAGAGGAUGACCUAUUAUCAGCGUGCGAUUGAAGAGAUUGUGAAGAAGCUUUGA